AUGGGAGUGUUAUCGCUUCCUUUGUUUUCCCUUUCUUUCUUUCUUUCUUUUUUCUUUCUUUCCUUCUUUAUUUAUGUCUUUUUUCUUCCUUUCUUUCUUUAUUUUUUCUUUCUUUCUUCUUUUCUUUCGUUCUUUCUUUAUUUAUUUCUUCUUUCUUUUCUUUCUUUAUUUCUGUCUUUUUUCUUUCCUUCUUUCUUUUUCUUUCUUUCUUUCUUUCUUUAUUUAUUUCUAUCUUUAUUUAUUUCCUUCUUCUUUUCUUUCUUUCUUUAUUUACGACUCCAUGUGAGUGUUAUCGCCUCCUCUGUCUUCCCUUUCUUUCUUUCUUUCUUUCUUUAUUUCUGUCUUUUUUCUUUUCUUUCUUUUUCCUUCUUUUCUUUCUUUCUUUCUUUCUUUCUUCCUUUCUUCUUUCCUAUCUUUCUUUAUUUAUUUCUGUCUUUUUCUUUUUUCUUUCUUUCUUUCUUUAUUUAUUUAUUUAUUUCUAUCUUUAUUUUUUUCCUUCUUCUUUUCUUUCUUUAUUUAUUUUCUUUCUUUCUUUCUUUCUUUCUUUCUUUCUUUCUUUCUUUCUUUCGUAGCGACUCCAUGUGA